GAAUCCUGGCUUGGCUGUGAAACCCACUGGUGGCCUUGGGCGAGUCACACUUUCUCAGCUUCAGUGGAUGGCAAUGGUCAACCUCCUCUGAACAACUCGGUGACAAGUGUGGUGGGACCCAGAGAAAGAAAACCCUCUCCCACGGGCCUUAAGGUUUCGUCAUUGUUGUUUUGUACAUCCAAGUCAUUUUGGCAUCCUUAAGGCAACCCUGUCACUGCAUUCUUCUAGUGGUGGGCAUGACAAAGACAAAAAGGUGGGACUAAAAAUACCAGAAUAUUAGAGUCUAAAGCUCUUAUUUAGCCUUUAGAAAGAUAUUUCAGAUAUUAGAAUUGGGGGGGGGGGGGGGGAUGCCCCCAUGCGGGAACAUGAUAAAAGGAGGUUGAAUAAGGGACCUUGGUGUUCUGGGAAACAUCUGGGAGACUCAUGACCUGUGAUUUUCAUCCCUGCUAUACAACAUUUGGUUCUCCAUCAUGGAUAAUAUUCGCUGCAGUCCAAAAUGCACUACAGAAAUAACCCAAUGCUGGCUGAAGUAGCAGACAGCUAGAGGCCGGAGGAUAAUGGGAAGAUUCAGAUGUUCCCUGGGCUGAUCCAGUCUAAGGAUGAGAAUGGCUGACCCAUUCCCUCAGCUGCUCAUUGCUGCAGCCCGGCAUCAUCUCAGAAUGAGAAAGAAGAAAAGCUUAACCUCUUCUGCCUCCUUGAGCCUAGCUGGGGAAAUUCUUGCAGUAGCUGCUGGUUUGAAGCCAGCUUUUCUGUAUGAUUACAGUUCUGCUGGCAUUUCUCAGAUUGUGACCUAUGUUCAAGAACUUCAGACCAUCAGUCAACUUGGAUGCCGGUUACAUGUUCUGAGCAUAGCUGAAACUGUUCUGAUUAUCAACUUGGAAGUGAUGCAGCUGUGGUUGGAAACUGUCCUACUGAAGAACAAUGUCCCUUUCAUUGAUGUUUCUGCAUCUAGAACUUGCCCAGGCUUUUGUGAACCAGAAGAUGUACAUCUCAUAAAAGGUCAUCUGUUUGAGGUACUGAGUCAUAUUCAAGCACAGGCAGCAGAUACAUCCCAGAUGCUUUCAUCCAGCACCAUCUUCUCUGCUGAAUUCAAUCUGUGCACUCUGUUUGGUGUUUUGCUGGGCUAUCCAGCAGCCUAUAGUUUUCAUGCUCAGAAGAGCUUUGAGAACUGCCUGUCUCUAACCCCAUUGAGAGUGUUCACUAUCCAAGCCACGUUCUGUAAGAUAAGCAGUGACUUCAAAGUCCGGUUUUAUUCUUUCAGUGUCCCAGAGCUGCUAUAUCCUGCCGUGAAAACAAGUCUCAAUACAUGGUGUGAAAAUCUCAAAGAUGCUUUCAAAGCUCAAAAAUACUUUGCAGACCUCAGUAUUUCAACAGAGGUUGUUGCUGAAGUAGCAGUGACCUUGUAAAUAUAGUCCAUGUACCAGAGGCGCAUGCCAAUUUUUAUUCGCAGCAAUCCAUUAAAUAAAUAAUAAACAAACAACCUCCAAACCUUUGGGGCAUAUGGUUUUAAGCUACUGAAAGGAAGGGAAAUAUUUGUGCCAUUUUU